ACCAGAAACACACACAGAGAGAGAGAGAGAGAGAGAGGCCAUGUCCGGAAGACCGUGCGACUCGUGCAAAUCAUCCGUGUCGCUCGUUUUCUGCCCAUCCGACUCGGUCGCGCUCUGCCUUGCCUGCGACGGGAAGACCCAUGGCCCUGGCACGCUUUCCUCCCGCCACGCGCGCGUGUGGAUGUGCGAGGUCUGCGAGCAGGCCCCCGCCUCCGUCACGUGCAAGGCCGACGCCGCCGCCCUCUGCACCACGUGCGACUCUGACAUCCACUCCGCCAACCCCCUCGCACGUCGCCACGAGCGCGUCCCCGUCGCCCCCUUCCACGUUAAGCCAUCCGACGGUGGAGAUGAUGACACGUGUCAGGAGGAGGCCCAGGCAGCCUCCUGGCUCAUGCGCAGCUCCACCAACUUUAAGGUGGACGGCCACGAUCUGAAAUCUGGCGAUUAUUUGUUCCCCGACGUUGAUCCUUAUCUCGAUCUUGAUUACACUGUUUCGAUGGACGGUGGAUUUGGCGCCACGUCGGAUAGCGUUGUUCCUGUCCAGGUCAAAACCGUUCCGCCUCAGGCUCCGAUUGCUCCGUCCGCGGCCGAGAAUUGCUUGGACCUCGACUUCUCUCAUCCUAAGCCGUGCUACAAUUUCACUGCUCUCAGCCACAGCGUCUCUUCAUCUUCGUUGGAUGUUGGGGUCGUGCCGGACGGGAAUAAUAGUGCCAUGGCCGACAUUUCAAACCCGUUUGGCUCGAACAUGAAACUCAAUAUCGAUUUCUCUACCUCAAUUGCUAUCAAUGGCUCUUAUCAGGCAACUCAGUUACCGAGUCUGGAUCGGGAAGCCCGAGUUCUGAGAUAUAGAGAGAAGAGGAAGAACCGGAAAUUCGAGAAGACGAUACGUUACGCCUCCCGCAAGGCCUAUGCCGAGGUGCGGCCCAGGAUCAAAGGAAGGUUCGCCAAACGGACGGAGAUGGCGGUGGAGGUUGAUGGGAUCUACUCGUCAUCGACGGUCCUGAUGGCCGAUGUCGGGUAUGGAGUGGUCCCCACUUUCUGAUGGCUGGUGUAGGAUGGAUUUCAGCGAUUUUGAAGGGUUUGGGGUGUUUAUGAGACCAACCUGAGCACGUGCCAAUAUGAUACGUGUGUAGCCGUUCAUCAGGUGGGUCCCACUUAGUAUGCGCCCUGGUGGGAAAAUCUUGCUGGUGGUGGUUUUUGGUAAGGGAGUAUUCACGGCGUGGCCCGCCGGAUAGACGAUUUCGAUCUGUACCACACGUGCUAUAAUGGCAAAUGUGUGGACGGUCAGGAGUUCUCGCGAUUUUCCAUCGCAUGUGUCCUUUUGAUAAUUCUGUAAAUUACAAUGUUUCGGCCUUUCAGACCGUGAACUGACCGUUAAUUUUCAGCAGUUGUUUGUUUU